AUGCCGCAUACAAUCCUAGCGAAGACGAGCACAUACCCAUACAUCCUCACUACAGUCGCUACGCGAAAAGAAGGCGUUUCACGUGCGGAGUUCCAUCGCCACAACGAAGAAAUCUAUGCGCCACUUCUCAAGAAGAUCGCUGGGAAAGUGCAUCCGUUAACCUGGACACGAUACUACCAUGUUGACGACUCCGAAUGCCCUGUUGGAAUUCCACGUGUGAUGAUUGGCGGAGAUGAGGGUAUGGAUUGGGAUUGUAUGGGCACUAUGGCUUUUGAAGAUGAGUUACAUUUGCAGCAGUUCAUCGCGUUUAUGCACUCGGAUGCUGCACUUCCAGUGUUCGAAGAGGAGGGGAAGUUUGCGGAACCAACGAAGACGAAGUUGCUGUUCAUGAAGAGGGGUGUUAGUGUGCGGGAAGGUUAG